GACUCCUUCGACCUCCACGCCAUCACACCACACAAGGUUCUCCUCCUCCCUUGAAAUCUUGGCCACAUUUCUUCUUUCACCUACAUUUCCUAGAAAAAACAUCACUCUCCUUCCAUCUUCUUCUGUAACCUUUUCAUGCCUCUAUCUACUCAUGCCUCACCGGCAACCUGCUAGACCACUUACGCCAACCUCCUCAAAUUCAUCUUCCCCCUGUUCCCCACCCACAUUUCCCGGUAAUCCACCGGUCGGCAGUUUCCUAAUUACCCAUAUAUGAUAUAUCCAUCGAGUUCUAAUAGAAGAGAAUAGAAGCCCAAAAAGACUUUUUUCACAAUAACUUCGCAGACUUGAAAUAUACACAUGAAUGGCGGUCUCAGCAAGCUUGGGACUGCACUCACUCUAGUGUUUGCAGUCUUUCUUCUUGUAGGUCUUGUAGGCCAGAUCUUCUACAUCCUCUGGCGCCGGAGGAAGCUCCAUAACCGGAGCCUCCCAUACGAGACCGAUUCAGUUCUCCCAGUGGACUCGGCCUCAUCACACUGUAGCGGGCUUUUCAGUUUCUUCCUGUGCUGGAAAAACCAAUCUCGCAUCGAACCUCAAGAAGCUCGUCACAACGUCCCACCUACAAAUCGAAACGAAUUACAGGAGCUGGAGGACAUCAUCAAGUGGCAGGCACUGUACGGAUCGUCGAGGCUUUUGUUCACUAUAGAGGAGGGAGAGAGAGAGGGCUUGGACUCCGAGACGACGUAUUCUUCAUGUGCAGAGAAAGAGGUAGUGAAGACGACGACAAAGGUGUACUUGGAAGAGUGUUAUGGGGAACCAGAUGUGGCGGUGACUAUUGUGAAUAUAGAGAUGGACGAGGCGUUUACGACGCCGUUGGAGACUCCUUGUGCUUCGCCGCCGUACUAUACGCCGUCGCCUUCUCCUACUCGUGAAUGAGUCUUGGACGUGUAGUAGUGUAAGCUUAGUGUUGAUUGCGUUCACGGGUUUAGCACCCGGGUCGGAUCUUGCCAUUGUAACAUAGAAUGGAAAGAAGGAUUUUUUUUUUUUUU